CGGAGCGCGGACGGAUGGCUAGGCUGUAGUCCUGGCGGCGGCGGCAGUAGUGGUGGCAGGAGGAGGGACAGGGAGGAGGGACAGGGAGGAGGGACAGGGAGGGCCCCGAGAGCUACACACGCUCACACUUUCAAGUUCCCUCUCUGGGAGAGGAGGUGGGGCUGCAGAAAGAGGAGGCCAGGAGCUGUCCCAUCUGUCCCGUCCCGUCUCCCCUCUUCCUUUUGCUCCCUGCCCCCUGGCUCUGCAAGAGUUGAGGGUUCGCGUGGCCUUACGUGGCAGUGAGGGCGAGAGGGCCAGGAGAGAGGGAUCAGAGCCGGGGGCGCGAGGAAAGAUGCCCAUCCUGCUGUUCCUCAUAGACACGUCCGCCUCCAUGAACCAGCGCACUGACCUGGGCACCUCCUAUUUGGACAUUGCCAAAGGCGCUGUGGAGUUGUUCUUGAAGCUACGCGCCCGAGACCCCGCCAGCCGCGGAGACAGGUACAUGCUGGUCACCUACGAUGAGCCGCCGUACUGCAUCAAGGUUGGUUGGAAGGAAAAUCAUGCAACAUUCAUGACCGAACUAAAAAAUCUUCAGGCUACUGGACUGACUACUCUUGGUCAGGCUCUAAGAUCCUCAUUUGAUUUGUUAAAUCUCAAUAGAUUAAUAUCUGGAAUAGACAAUUAUGGACAGCUUCAUCUUCCUUUAAAUUCUCCUCUGCCUGGAAGUGAACUAACCAAAGAACCUUUUCGUUGGGAUCAAAGGUUAUUUGCCCUGGUGUUACGUUUGCCUGGAGUGGCUUGUAUGGAACCAGAGCAACUAGGGAGUGUACCAACUGAUGAAUCAGCCAUCACACAAAUGUGUGAAGUCACAGGAGGUCGCUCCUACUGUGUUAGAACACAACGGAUGUUGAAUCAAUGUUUAGAAUCUCUAGUUCAAAAAAUUCAGAGUGGUGUAGUUAUUAAUUUUGAAAAAACGGGACCAGAUCCUCUUCCUGUUGGAGAAGAUGGACUUAUGGAUUCAUCUAGGCCAACCAAUUCAUUUGCUGCUCAACCAUGGCAUAGUUGCCAUAAACUCAUUUAUGUACGGCCUAACUCUAAAACUGGUGUUCCUGUUGGACAUUGGCCAAUUCCAGAAUCAUUUUGGCCAGAUCAGAAUUUACCUUCACUCCCACCAAGAACAUCUCAUCCUGUUGUUAGAUUCUCCUGUGUAGAUUGUGAGCCAAUGGUUAUAGAUAAACUGCCCUUCGACAAAUAUGAACUUGAACCUUCUCCCCUAACUCAGUAUAUCUUGGAACGAAAGUCUCCCCAUACCUGCUGGCAGGUAUUUGUUACUAGUAGUGGAAAAUACAAUGAACUUGGAUAUCCAUUUGGUUAUUUAAAAGCCAGUACAACUUUAACUUGUGUAAACCUCUUUGUGAUGCCUUACAACUACCCAGUUUUACUUCCUCUUUUAGAUGACUUGUUUAAAGUUCACAAGCUUAAGCCAAAUCUGAAGUGGCGACAGGCUUUUGACAGCUACUUAAAAACUCUGCCUCCAUACUACUUAUUACCAUUAAAGAAAGCACUAAGGAUGAUGGGAGCUCCAAAUCUGAUAUCAGAUAAUUUAGAUUGUGGACUUAGUUACAGUGUUAUCUCUUACCUUAAAAAACUCAGCCAACAGACCAAACUAGAGUCAGAAAGAAUAUUAGCAUCAGUGGGGAAGAAAGCUCCCCAGGAAAUGGGUAUCAAAGUGAAAAAUCAUUCUGGAGGCAACUUGUCCUUGGCUCACAAUAAAAAUUUUAGAAAACUAUUGAAAGAAAUCACAGGGGAAACUGCACUGAGAUUGACAGAAUUGAAUACCAAAGAAUUUGCUGGCUUCCAAGUUGGGCUCUUAAACAAGAAUUUGAAACCUCACACAUAUAGAAAUGCUUAUGAUAUUCCACGUAGAGAUCUUUUGGAUCAGUUGACCAGAAUGAGAUCGAACCUACUGAAAACACACAAGUUUAUUGUUGGACAAGAUGAAGAUUCCCUUCAUAGUGUUCCGGUUGCACAAAUGGGUAACUAUCAGGAAUAUCUGAAGACCUUGGCUUCUCCACUUCGAGAGAUUGAUCCAGAUCAACCAAAAAGACUACAUACUUUUGGGAAUCCAUUUAAACAAGAUAAAAAGGGAAUGAUGAUUGAUGAAGCAGAUGAAUUUGUAGCAGGACCACAAAACAAAUUGAAACGUCCUGGAGAACCCAGUCCUAUGUCAGCUAAGAGAAGGCGGAGUAUGUCCCUGCUCUUGAGGAAACCACAAACACCACCUAUUGUGACCAACCACGUGGGCGAAAAGGGACCGCUCUCGGCCUCAUGGUUCCCCUCUUACCCAAACCUCCUGAAACCCACCCUUGUGCAUGCAGAUGCCGCUGUCAUUCAUGAUGUCCAUGAGGAGAAGAUGGAAAAUGGGCAGACCCCAUCUGAUGGCUUCUUGUCAAAAUCUGCUCCAGCAGAGUUUAUGAAUGUGGCAGGAGAUGGUCUUCCAUCCAACCAACUGGAUUCUCUGUCUGAUGACUUCCGUGGUCUCAGGAAAGAUGGACUGAUUCACAAACCUGGUCAUAAUGACCUUGUAGGAGGAACUCAAAACUGCAGUCUGUCUGUAGAUGACCAAAAUAUCAUAGUACCAUCUACUUUGGAAACUAUGCCAAAUGCAUUGCAAAUUACCCCUGCAAUGGCCCAUGGAAUUAAUGCUGAUAUAAAACACCAAUUAAUGAAGGAAGUUCGAAAGUUUGGACGAAAGUAUGAAAGAAUUUUCAUUUUACUUGAAGAAGUACAGGGACCUCUGGAGAUGAAGAAACAGUUUGUUGAAUUUACCAUCAAGGAAGCUGCGAGGUUUAAAAGAAGAGUCUUAAUUCAGUACCUGGAGAAGGUACUAGAAAAAAUAGAUUCCCAUUGCCUUCUCAACAAUGUUAAUCACAUAAACAGCAGAUCAUCAUGUUAAUGAAAAGACCUGUGAGAAAAAAGGACAAGUUUACUGUGCUAUAGAAUGGAACAGGAUAUUGUUGAAGCCUCCUAGAAUGUUUGAGUCAAGGGAAUCGCCUUCCAUAGUCUAAGAAAAAGUGGUGGAACUUUUUUAUUUUGUUUCAGUAAAAUUUGAGCUUUUGGGCAAGGUCCUGAGUUCGAUCCCCGGUACCCCCACACACACAAAAAAUUGGAGCUUUUGCCUUAGGAAUUUUGGUUGAAAGUGUCCAUUUUUGUUUGUUGUUUCUUUUCCCAGUUGAGGAAGGUGGUGCUGUUAAUUCAGUGUACUAAAUUCAUAAAACAUUGCUGCCCCUACCAUAGGCAAUAAGGGUUUACUCAUUUAAACUUUGCCAUUUCAGGUAUUUCCAGAGUGAAGAGGGGGCAUCAGCAAGUGAAGCACUACUUAAAAUGUUCUUACCAUGUCCUUUAGAAAGAUUAAGCAUACAGAAUCAAAGUAGCCAUCUUGUGUAUGCUGAGCAGAGUUUUCAGUAAUCCCCAGUUGUGCCUUUUAAACCAUGCAAUAUUCAGGAUAGUUUGCAUCAGAGUAAGAAGCUGCUAUUUGGGUAACUUAUUUUUCUUUGAGAAGGGGCAGGGAGAGUCACCAAACAAUCUACCUCCAACUCUCUGAUAUUUGGUCUAGAGAAAUUACAAAGUGCACCUGAGGCUGCCCUAACCCUGGACAUUUGUUCUUGCAUGUGACAACAAAAAGUCUUCAGGUGGACUUGUAUAUUCUGUGCUUUGGAAGCACUAAAAGGAAAAAAAUUUGUAUAUUUCCUUUAAUGUUUAUACAAAAGUUUAUAUGGAGCAGUAUUAUUAUGUUUGUAUUAAUUUGUAAAAAUAUAAGUGUUCAAAGAGAUUUUGGCUUUGGAUAUAUUAAAUAAAUCAUUUUAUGGAUUUUCACAAGUUCAUUAA